ACAGUGCUCGUGGUGAUUAAAGGGAACAAAGACCUCCCACCGCAUACCAGAGGCACCAGUGUCUCAGCAUAGGUGGGAGAGAAAGCAAAGACGUCUUAUUUACAGAGCUCUUUUCUUGGCUCAUACUGUCUACAGGUUUCACAGAAGAAAGAGAUUCCUUCUUCAAGUGUUAUUUGCAGGAUUGUAUUAAUUUAUUUGCACCCUAAAGAAGAUAAUGUUCACCUUGUUGCUGCUUAUAAGUAAGAUGGGCGUGUUAGCGGCUCUGCUCAACAGCACGGACCAAACAGUUACUGUCUCGAAAAAUCUAACAGAACCACUAAACAUUACUGAUGUUCCCUGUGGGGAACAAUGCAACGUCACAUGUCAUCUACGAAACAAAAAUUUUGACGUGUUACCAACAUGUCUACCUAGAACUAUAGAGGACUUGGAUUUGAGUUUCAAUAAUAUAAACAUAAUUAGGGACCAAGACGUGGUUGACCUCUCCGAGCUUCGUAACUUGUCGUUAGCACACAACCAAAUCCAAGAGAUUCACUGGAAAAUUCACGUGUUGGCAAAACUGGAGUCAUUGGACCUAAGCAAUAAUCAGUUAUCCAGCGUGCCAAAGUGCCUUAUGUUAAAGAAUCUCAAACUUUUAUCUCUGGCUGAAAAUCCCAUAUCACUCAUCCACCCACAUGCCUUCUCCUCUUUCCCAAAUCUUUUGUACCUAAAUUUAUCAAUAACAUUGAUCGGCAGAAAUUCUGAAGACAUCAAUGAAUCUUACGUUAACGGAACAGAAGCCCAAGAGUAUCCAUUAAAGUUACUGUCAAUACUUGAUCUGAGUGGCACAUUCCUAAGAAAUGUGAAUCAUUCAUGGAUCAAAGGUCUAUCAAACCUGAGGAAGCUUUACAUGAGGAAGAUGAUUGAUAUUGAAGUUCUGGAAGAUGAACUGACCACAUGGUUUCCACACUUGGCAUUUCUCAGCUUUUCAGAUUCCAGCAGACUUUCCUACAUCAGAACAAAGAUAUUUGAAAAUGUGACACAGCUACUGUAUCUGGAUUUUACAAACUGCAACAUCAGAGACAUAUCUUUCUUGAACUCCAGGUCAGAGAAUAUAAUUAUUGACCUUCGUGGCAAUCCACUAAUGUGCACUUGUGAUCUGCUGUUAUCGCUUAAGAAAGUCGUUUUGAUAAGAUUGAAUGAAGUUUUCUGCACUUACCCAAAGGGAGAUGUACCAGCCGUUUCAAUUCUGGAACUACAUGAGAGAUGCAAGUUAAGCCAGAUUCAGGCAAAUAAUGAAACACAAGAUUCUGUUACCUCCAGUACUGCCGUAAUGGAAUCAGAUUAUAUAGCGGGAACAACAGAAGACUCAUUUAACUCAACCUUACUGCCACAUACAUUAGGACAAACAUAUAUUUCCUUAGAAAAUACUACAGAUUUCUCAACUAAGGAAAAUGACUUAACAACGCCCUUCUCCAUAACCCCAUCUAGUAUGGUUAUGACAGACACAAGCCCCGAAAUGAACAAUGAUUUCUUCCCUAACAAACUUACAUUGUCUAUUGGUGUCAAUACAGAUAGUCCAUUUACUGAACACAAGUUUUCAGAGAGUGGUAGUUCUCGAGGGGACCAACCCGACAUCAUACCAUUGUACCAAGAAGGUUACGACGAUGACGAAAUUCUACCAAGCACAACAAGAGCAGGGAGCAAAAUGAAAGCCUGUGACUACGACCAUUGUAGACAUCUUCAGACACCUUGCCCGGAACUUCAACUACUGACACAGUGCAUGUGCCCCGGUCUUUCAGGAGAUGACACCCUUCCAGACCCACCUCACGUACAAGGCGUCUAUGAGAUAACCGAUACGUCAGCACAGAUACUGUGGUGUUCCCCAAAUUCUAUGGUGGAGAAGUAUCAGCUUACUUAUCAGCCUGAAGGCGGCACGAACGGAACGGUUGAUGACAUUUACGUGACCAUGAGACAGUACACACUAUACAACUUAGCGUCCUAUACUACAUAUAAGGUUUGUGUAUUGGCCUAUAAUAAGAAAGGGCAUAGCGCAUCCACCAAUGGUGCCUCAAGAACUCCAUGUACUGAAUUCAAAACCAGACCCAGCUACAUUCUCAUACUUUCCGUAUUGAGUGCUCUAGGUGGGUUGUUUUUUGUGACCAUUUUAGUGCUUGCCACUUGCCUAUACAAAGCUUGUAAAAGCAACAUUGGUAGUAAAUAUGAUACCCAUCUUGUGUCCUAUAAGAACCCGGCAUUUGAAUAUCAUUGUACAAUUCCAUCUUAUCAUUAAAUUGUUCUCACAAAUCCUGUUCUCUGGAGCACUUCCCUUCU